AUGGCAACAUUAUUUUAAUGUGAUGGUGCAAAUUGCAUAGAAGCUUUUCUUGAAGUAGCAAUUUCUACUACAGCUUCAAUAAUGGCAAUAGAUGGAUUCCGAAUAAUAUUUAGAGAUCGUAAUAAAUUGUUAUCAAAAUUGAAUAAAAUUAUUUAUGGGAUAUCAAUGAGUUAAUUAAUAUUGCUUAGUACUUAUUUUAUCUUUUGGGGUAAGAUAUCAAUAAAAGUCUAGGAUCUGAUUUUGUUAUAUCGACUAUUAGAUGUCUUAGAAUUUUGAAUGAAAUUUUAUUAUGUUCUUUGCUUGCAGAAAUUGGAUUUGAAAAAAGCUUUUUAGAUAAAUUAGAAAUAUUCUUAAAGGUCUUAAGUGGUUUUGUAUUUAUAGAAUGGUUUUGGACUGCAAUUAUAUCUAAUGAAGCAUACGAGUAAAAUAUUAGAUAAAUAUAUAAGCUAUUAUUGUUUAAAAAUGGAUUUAGUUUAUUUAUCAGGAACAACAGUGAUUCUAACACUUUUAGCUUGUGGUUUUGGAUUUUAUGCAUUAGAUUAAUUAUACAUAUCUAAACAAGAAUUAAAGCCAACAGAUUAAAAUAAGAUGGAUGAAUAAUCAUAAGAAAUUAAAUUAUUUUUGGGAUGUGAUCUAUUAUCUGGUCUUAUUCAAUUUGGAUGGGAUUAUUGGGCUAAUAUCAGUGCUUAUACUUUAGCUGAUUGUAAAUCAUAUUAUGAAGCCUAAUCUAUCACUAGCGUAUUAUUUAAUUUUCAUAAUUAGAUAUUUGUUAUAUUUUUAAUGAAAGUUUUAACAUUAAUGAUAUCUCCAAUAGCUAUUUAUUAUAUUUUGUAUUAUAAACAAAGGUUAUAAUUCAAUUAUAGGCCUGCUAACGUUUUGGAUAUUAAUGUUCUAAUAGAUAGAAGAAGUGAAUUAGUUGUUGAAUUAACAAAUGCUUGA